AUGCGGCGAGUUGCACUUGUCGGUGCGUUGGCGAGCGUCACUUGCAGUCCGUUAUCGCUGCCGCGUUCGUCGCUGUUGUCGUUGGAGCUUGGCUCCCCCGGCGGCCACCUCGUCGUGCCGCGGCGGUCCAAAGCCAGCUGCAUCCGCGUGGCCAACCGCAAGCGUGUCGAGAUGUUUCUUGCGAAGCGGUUUCACCUCCCGACGCGGCUGAGGACGGCCGCGCCGGAGAUCGCGGCGGAGUGGGACCACGAAAAGAACCCGAUGCACCUUUACCCGGAGAUCGUCGGCAUCGGUCACGUGGCCCCGGUCUGGUGGAGGUGCGGCGUCUGCCAGCAUUCCUUUUCGAUGAGCGUCGAGAAGCGUGUGGUGCGCGGGGGAGGCUGUCCGGCCUGCGCAGCAGUCGAGGCGGGGGAGGGGAAAGCGCGGGAGGCGAACGUGUUGGAUGGGGAGCGAAAUCCGGACCUUCGCCCCAAGCGGCCAGUGAUGUUUAACUUGCGAACAAAGUACUGA